UUUGGCGGGAGCGGGAGGAGUUGAGCCGUCGCCGCCAAGCGGCGUCUGACGACACCGCGGAUAUCGCCCGGCGAACUGCUUCAUUGGAGAGGGCCCGGAAUGCAACACGCGUCACACCGUCGAGAUGUAACGCCCUGUCGAUGAAGAGGAGGAAGAAGAUGGAGAAGGAUGUCCAGACUACAGUCGCAGUUGACGGAGUGUCUGCGGUCCAGCUGCCCGGAAUACAAGAACGGCGUGUUCUACUGGACUGGUCGAUCCGUAUGCGUCGCUCUGACAGUGGCCGCGCUCUCGUUGUGCGGUCUGCUGGCGCUGCUGUACCGGUUCGUGUGCCUCGCCGGGCACGAACCGGCGCCGCUCGCGGACAGCCUCGGCGGCACCGUCAAGGGGAUCGACCACUGCGAGGGCUUCCCCGGCGGCAGCGCCGACGGCAACGUGACCGAGUACCUCGGCGUUCCGUACGGCCGCGUCGGGCAGUCGGGUCGCUUCGCGGAGGCCGCCUUCGUCGAGUACCGGCCGGGCAUGCCGCUGCGGCUUGGCGGCGUACCCGCCUGCCCGCAGUACCCGUGGAGCCCCGUGCCCAGGCUGCCCACAGUCGGCACGAGCGACUCGGACGACUGCCUCUACCUGAACAUCUGGAUGCCCGGACGCCGGGCCACGAUCAGCAGCGGCGGUCGGUGCCGCGCCCGACCCGUGGUGGUGGUACUGCACGGAGGCCGCUUCCAGUUCGGCGGCGGGGGCACGUACCCCUUCUACGAGGGCCGGCGGGCGGCCGCGCUGUGGGACGCCGUCGUGGUCGUGCCCGCGUACAGGGUGGGCGCCUUCGGAUUCCUCAACAUGCUCGUGCCCGAGGCGCCCGGCAACGUCGGCCUCCUCGACCAGGCCCUGGCCAUCCGAUGGGUGCACAGGUACGUCCACUAUUUCGGCGGCGACAAUCAACGCGUCACAUUGCUCGGCCAGGAUGCUGGUGCCACAUCCAUCGGCUACCACCUGGCCCGCAACGACACGCCGCCUAUACGACGCGCUAUCCUGAUGAGCGGCUCACCUUUCGCGCCACAGCCGGCCAACGCGGGACUGCGCGCCCUGCUCAACGGCAACGCCUUGGCCGACGUGCUCGGCUGCGGCAGCCGGCGCGACCUGCCGGACACCGCGACGCGGCGGCGGGUGGUCGAGUGCCUGCGGAAGCGCAGCGCAUUCGCCACGGUCCUGGCCGCCGACGAGCUGGCCACCAGCAGCGACCUCGUCCUCUUCGCUCCCAGCGCGAACCGCGACUUCCCGUGGAAGCUGGCGGGCCCCGUGCUCUCCGAGGCGAGACUCAAGCAAGUCGACUUCCUGGUGGGCGUCGCGAGGGACGAAGGCACGUUGCACGUGUCCGAACUGAUGCAGGCGUUCAGCUUGGCGGCCGACCAAACACUAACACCCCGAAGGCUGCUGUCGGUGUUCCUAGCCUUCCUCGAGGCUUACGGCAUCCAAGACGUGGACUCGGUGUUGCGCCACUACGGCUUCGACGAGCCCAGCGUACUGGACGAGACGCUGGGCCAACUGUUCCUGCUGGAGCUGGCCCGUCCCAUGGGCGACUUUCUCAUCUACUGUCCUACGCUCUUCUUCCUGGAAAAAGCCUCGAGCGUUGGUGGCCGGGCGUUCUUCUACGAGUUCGGAUACAGCCCCAAUUACAGGACGUGGCCCGCUUGGCAGGGAGUGCCACAGUUCAUUGAUUUCAUGUUUGCGACGGGUCUCCUGGCUGAGCUGGACGCCAUUAAGCCAGUCUCAGCGCGGGACAUGGUGGUCGCCCGGGACUUUGCCAGGAUUGUCGCUGGAUUUGCGGGGACCGGGAACCCCAACGUUCUUCCCAACAUGCUGUGGCGCCGUUGGGAGCCUUCGGCCGACGGCGGGCUCGUGCUGGAUUACGACGUGGACAGCGCGUACAAGCAAGGGCCGAGCUUCCCGGAGAAAGCCAACUGCGACUUCUGGAGAAGACAUUUCGUGCUGACAAACUGACCACAGGCGUGUCGCACAUGCGCUCAGUGAAUGCUGCACUUGUGCCUGUCCUUCCGAUUUAACUCUAACGAAUGAACGCGGAACACGGCGUGGCCAUUUUGUUUGCAGCCAGGCCGACUCGUCCGCGUGCCAGUCCAUGGCGUCCACCCGAUACGCGACUAUGCACCAGUUAGUUCUCCUCGCUGUUACACCUUUCUGUUUUGCUUCUUUUUUUUUAACCAAUCACAAGCAGUGUUUUCAUUAUACCGAUGAAAAUGGCAUACGGCUUGAUUGACCGAAUGUUUUAAAUGGUUUGCCAUGGCUUGAAUGGCCUGUCGUGCGCGUAGUUGAUGGCUCCUAUUUCGCCCUGAACCAGGUGUCACAAAGAGUAAGAAAACAAACGUUCAUUACUCCUCCCAAUGUUCUGGCCUUGAGUAAUGUGAGGUCUUAUUUCAAGAAUCUGAUUUAUUUCAAUACUGCGAGCCCUUUCGAGCUGUUA